CUCAGUAACACUAACACUAACCCACCCAUCAACAAGUACCCGCUCAAGUACAUCAACAGGACCAUCUCUGAGGCCAUCAAGGAGCCCAUCGUCCUGAGCUACAACUACACCGUGGACUGCGCCAACCAGACCCUGAACGUCUCCCUGCGCCUGCUCAACUACACCGUCAACUACGUCAUCGAUAACUACAACGCCACCGUCACCUCCGCCCUCAACACCACGCUCCAGCUGGCCAACUUCACCAUGAACUACACCCUGGAGCUGGUCAACAAGACCCUGAACUACUCCAUCGAGUCCCUGAAGAACCUGACCUUCACCAUCCCCCAGGUCAACGUCACCAUUAAGGGGUCUGAGCUCGUCGGAAACCUCACUGAGCUCUACCAGAACGUCACUCGCUACUCUACUAAGCUGCAGAGGAACGCCACCCACCUGAUCGGCAACCUGACCGAGCUGGCCAUGAACUUCUCCUACUACAGCUACAACGUCAGCGAGAACGUCGUCCGCAACGUCACCCGUUUCAUCGACGGCAACGCCCCCGUCCUCACCUGGGCCUGGCGCUACUGGGACCCCAUCAACUACAGCAUCAUGAUGGCCAACCAGACCUUCCAGUACGCCCGCAACGUCAACUACACCGACGCCGCGCAGGUCGCCAUGACCAUCUCCGAGCAGGCUCUGAACCGCACCCUCAACUACACCGCCGAGUACGCUCCUCAGGUUGCUGAGUGGGCCGUGAACAAGACCUGGGAGACCACCUCCUACGCUGCCAGGUACGCCACCGACUACGUCGUGCAGUCCUCCAACGGCAGCAUCGAGUUCAACCUGUACCACCCCUUCAACUGGACCCGCUUUGACGAGGUGCCCACCGUGAGCAACCGUACCUCCGACCUGCUGCGCAAGACUGCCGAGAUGAUGAAGACCAUGUGGAGGUCUCCCAUGGCCGGCGUCAGGACCAUGAUGCGUGAGAUCCCGCCUUUCGACAGGACCUCCAUCACCUUCGGGCAGCACGUGCUGACCUGGGACGAGCGCCUGUACGACGUGCCCCAGGCCGCCUCCGACGACUGCGUCUACGUUCUGGCCCGCGACUUUGACGACGGCAACUUCACCAUCCUGAGCGGCAAGGACGGCAUCACCGUGCAGCUGCCUACCGCCGUGGUCGAGAUCAACAAGGAGAACCACGUCAGGGUGGACGGCUCCAAGCAGCCCACCGAGCUCCCCUACCAGAGCGAGGAGAAGAACAUCACCAUCCUGCGGCAGGGCCCGUACGUGAACAUCACCACCCGCGACGGCGUGUCCGUGCGCUGCGACGCCAUCAGCGAGAUCUGCGUCUACAACAUCUCCGGAUGGUACCACAACAAGACCCUGGGCCUGCUGGGAACCAACGACAACGAGCCCGCCACCGACUUCCGCCGCCCCGACGGCUCCAACACCACCCGCGAGGACGAGUUCAUCAACGCCUACGAGGUCACCAAGACCAAGAACUGCAAGGUUGACAGCGAGCUGAACAUUGCCAAGGGCAAGUUCGCCGCCAAGACCGACUGCUACAUCCCCGAGUCCCCCAAGUGCGACGAGCUGUUCGACCGCAGGAGCUACGCCUCCAAGUUCAGGUCCUGCUUCCAGGCCGUCGACCCCGAGCCUUUCCGCCAGGCCUGCAAGCGCGACUCCAAGAGGUGCAACCUGAAGGAGCCCAAGAAGAGCAUCUGCACCGUGACCGCCGGCUACAUCGCCGCCUGCGAGGCUAAGGGCAUCCAGCUCCAGCAAGAGGAGGUUUGCGCUUCCUGCGAGGACGACAAGCUGCCCGGAGAGAGGUGGAACCGCCGCGCCGCCCGCAAGGCCGACGUCGUGUUCGUCGUGUCCGAGAGCCGCAAGAUGAAGGACCGCUACGGCAAGCCCGAGGAGCAGCUGCUCAGGCUGGCUCAGGCCGUCGAGAAGAACCUCGAGCAGAACAAGUUCAAGGAUGUUGAGUUUGGUAUCGUUGCCUUCGGCGGCAAGGACGUCCACCGUGAGCCCCACGUCCACACCAUCAAGGGUGAGCUCAUGAAGCAGGUCAGCCAGCUCCAGCGCGGACUCAGCGAGCUCAGAUUCGAGGGUGAGGAGCCCAUGGAAGCCUUCGAGGCCAUCAAGCUGGCCUCCACCUACCCGUUCCGCGCCGAGGCAGCCAAGACCAUCAUCGUGUUCGACGUGGAGGAGAGCCUGUACUACGAGGACCUGGCCGAGAUUGUUGACGUGCUGGACCAGAACUCCAUCACCAUGAACGUCGUCAGCGACUACGCCAAGAUCGACCGCAUCAGCAAGAAGAAGUCCAACCCCGUCGUCGGUCUCACCGGCAAGGGUGUUGUUCUCCAGGAGGACAAGAAGGGCAAGUCCAAGUCCAAGUACGCCGAGAAGAUCAGCCUGCCCGCUGGACAGUACGUCAAGCUGGCCAAGACUACCGGAGGCUCCAUCUUCUCCCUGGACACGUUCCUGAAGGGCCACCGCGACUCCUCCGCCAUCAUCAGCGAGCAGGUGUCCGAGCAGCUUCAGCCGCAGGUCCAGUCCUCCGCCAAGAAGCAGUGCGUCUGUGUCCGCGGCAUCAACGGCGACGGCGUCACCAAGUGCAGGAGCAUCUACUAACUUUAACAUCACCAACACAAGACCUCGGAAGAAUGUUUGGACCGUGAUAUCAAGAAACAUCGUAGUUGUUGAUUAGAUUUUGUUUCUGUAUUUAAUCCACUUUUUAAGUUGUUUCUAACACCAUAGACAACUGCACAGCCAAUUUUUACCGAAUACAAAGUAGCACAGCAUAUAAAAAAGGUGUCUUGGUUUCAUUUUGUGUUGGGAAUGUGAUAGUUACGUUAAGGAAAACUAUUUGUAUUUAAUCGUUAUGUUGCUAUUAUUAAAGAGCUUUUCUAUGCA